UGAUUUACUUUCUCUAUUCGAAUUUAGAUAGUAAAAAUGGUUUUAAUUGAAUUAACUUUUAGAGACGAGUAAAUUAAAUAUGACAAGAUUAUUAAAUAUUACCGCCGUUUUGAAGAGACUGUGUUAAAAUAUAGCAUACUCCGAAUCUAUAGAAUCACAAAAAGAAAAAAAAAAUAAAUUUUAUUCGGUACAGGGACGGGACCGAAUCCGGGACGAAUGACAACACUUUUUAUUUCGCUACUUAGGAAAUGGCGUGACUUCGAUUUACGGUGCCACGUUCGGUUGAUAAAAAUUUGGUUUGUAUUCGAGGUAACAAAUUUGUAUGUUUUAAUUUUUGAAAGUAUUCUUGCAUCAUUCAGAGUUUCUUAUUGCUGCUUAGAAGUUAAUUAGUUUUCUCGAGAGCAUUGUGGGUGUUUUCCUUCGAGUGUACAUUGUAUAUACAUAUAGAACGGAUUUUCAAAAGAACAAAAAACAAUGGCUAAAAUGAUAAAAAAAAAUCUAUAGUGUUUUUCAAAGAAUAAGUACCUAAGAAAGUUUUUCGCAAUCAAGAGCACAAAUAAAUUUUUUAAGGCGUGAUUGUAAUUUAAGUAAUUAUUCAAAAUUAUUUGAAAAAAGAAGAAGAAUGACGGAAUACAAAUUAGUUGUUGUAGGGGCUGGAGGCGUUGGAAAAUCUGCACUCACAAUACAAUUGAUACAAAACCAUUUUGUUGAUGAAUAUGAUCCAACAAUUGAAGAUUCAUAUAGAAAACAAGUAGUCAUAGAUGGAGAAACUUGUUUACUGGAUAUCCUUGAUACCGCAGGUCAAGAAGAAUAUUCAGCAAUGCGAGAUCAAUACAUGAGAACGGGUGAAGGAUUUCUUCUUGUAUUUGCAGUAAACAGCGCUAAAAGCUUUGAAGAUAUUGGUACAUACCGUGAACAAAUAAAACGUGUUAAAGACGCCGAGGAAGUUCCAAUGGUCCUUGUUGGCAACAAAUGUGAUUUACAGGCUUGGGCUGUUGAUAUGGGUCAAGCGAGAGAUGUAGCAAAACAAUAUGGUGUUCCAUUUGUCGAAACUUCUGCUAAAACUCGAAUGGGAGUGGAUGAUGCAUUUUAUACACUUGUUCGUGAAAUUCGAAAAGACAAAGAAAGGGGAAAGAGAAAUCGCAAAAAUAACAAAUUGAUUGGGAGGAAAAAGAUUUGCAACAUAUUAUAAAUACAAAAAAAAACAAAAUGCUUUUACUCUUUAUUGUUAGUCGAGUUACAUUUUUAAGUUCUUCGAAUCAUCCUCUACAACAAUCAAUAUUUCCUUGACUUCGAAGUUUCAUGUAUACAUAUAUAUA